CGUAUCCGGACUAGAAACAGUUGCCGCCAUGUCCUUGCCAGCGUGGGCGGAUUGGGACUGCCCGCGCUGCUCCCUCAUCAACGCGCCCGACUGCGACGCAUGUGAAGCAUGCGACUUGGCGCGCCCUGACGCGGUGGCGGCGGAUCCACGGGCCGCCUUCUUCAACAUUGCGCUCGCCAGCGCCGGCGCCAAGCGGCCGAUCGAUGUGGUCGACUUGGCCUCGAGCGACGACGACGAGAGCGCCAAAGAGACUGCGGACCCGAAGCCGCAUCGUGCGAUGGAACGGCCCACAAAGCAGCGCAAGACAGAGACCGACGACACGGCAGCGUCCACGCCAGCGCCCGCACCCGCUGUAGCAGCAGCCACCGAGGCCGCUGCGAGCGUUGCAGAACCCAAAGGGCCCGUGACGUUGCGCGUUGCCUCGCUCAAUGUGUGGUUCGACGAGGUGCUCGUGUCCGAUCGCAUUCGAUGCAUGACCCACACCAUUGCGACGUUGCAGCCGCACGUCGUCUUCCUCCAGGAGGUCACGCCCGACAUGAGUCGCCUCUUUAAAGCGCGCAUGGUGCAUCUCGGGUACGUCUCGCCCGGCGACGUGGUCGAUGUCGCGUACGGCGAAAUGAUCUUUCUCCAGCGGUCGCUGCCUGUCCACCACUACGAACGCGUCGACUUUCCACGCAGCACGAUGGGCCGGGGGCUGCACACGCUGCAAACGACGCUGGCCGGCCGGCGCUUGGCUGUGGCCACCGCGCACCUUGAAAGCCUCGGGCCCAACCGCGCCGUGCGCUUCGAGCAGCUCGACUGGAGCUUCCAGGUCCUGGCAAUGUCGGAUCAUCCGUGGGUCUUUGGCGGCGACAUGAACCUCGGCAACCGCGAGAAAGCGCAGCUUCCCGACGGUGUGGACGAUGCGUGGGUCGCGUGCGGCAGCGACCCGCUGCACGAACACACGUGGGACACGAGCGUCAACAAGAACCUCCCGGACGUCUCCUACGUCGCCAAGUGCCGGUUUGACCGCCUCUUUAGCUAUGGAAUGACCCCGACGACCUUCGCGACUUUCGGCAAGGACAAGCUCCCGACCGAUGCGACGAUGUACCCUUCCGACCACUGGGGCGUCGUCGCUACGUAUGCGUUGUCGUAACUUCAUAAGCCGUCCCCACGAGGGCUAGGGUUAUCCACACCUAAACCUAAUCCUCCAGAGACAGCAACCGUGUCCUUGCUGCCGAUUUACCUUACA